AUGGUGAUGUCGAACAUCCUGGAUCAACCACCAAAUCAAGAGACGCACAUGCAAGUGGACACAAUUGAGUCUAAGAGAGCGCAAGAGAACGAGGAUGAAUACAGUGACUUUGCAGAGGAUCCUGAGGAACUCAAGAUAAUUGACCGACUACUUCUCGAAGCAGCCGCGAAGGGUCAACACGCGGCAUUGGUGGUCACAGACAUCGAGGAUUAUGAAGCACCGCGAGGCGUUCGUUUGCCUCAGGUACCUGGUCUUGCAGCGACGCGCCAAUGGGUCGAUCAACCUCAAUCUUCAGAGUCACACGGCAAUCAGAACGUACGCGACCAGAGUGCCGAAGCGAGAAGGACUAACGGCAAUGGAAACGAUCUCAAGACGGAAUGCGAAGAAACGCCGGCAGCAGUCGAACGAGAUGCGCCCUCAUCUGAACCUGAUACUCGAUCCCCACUUGAACGGUUCAGACAACCACCGAAGAAGCCACUUUCUGUCACCGAUCUGAUCUCCCCUGCCUGGUGCGAAUUGCAAUACCUCUACGUUUUGAGCAAACAUGGGCGCAAGAGAAGGACUCCUGCCAUGAAACAAGGAAGUGCUAUCCACCAAGCUCUCGAAGAUGAAGUCCAUGUGACCGUCCCUGUGGCCAUCACGAAGAAAGAAGACAUCUGGGGACUACGGAUAUGGAAUAUAAUCCAAGGCUUGAGAACACUUCGAGAGACAGGCAGGACGCGAGAACUAGGCAUCUGGGGAUCAAUCGGAGGGGAGCUGGUCAACGGCGUCAUUGAUGAGCUCAGCUAUGAUUGUCCAGAUCCCAAACUCGAAGAGCAGAGUCUGAAGCUCUUGUUCCAACCGGAGUCUGAGCCUCCACUACCGGAAUAUCAGGCGAGUAUACGAGACUAUCUUGUUACCAGCGAGACCAAAGAAGUCGGUCAAUCGAUCGAAGAUGUGCUGGGAAAUAAUCAUUUCAAGGCCAGUGCAUCACGAGGGAGCAAGGGGCCAAAGGAUGAUAGGAGAAUCUACAUCACAGACGUGAAGACACGAGGAACUUCGACGUUGCCCUCUGGCUCCAGCAUUCGUCCGACAAUUGUCCAGCUCCAUCUCUACCAUCACAUGCUCGAGAACCUGGCGCAAGGGAACUUCUCUCUCGCUCAACUGGCUACGCGCUACGAUUUCAACGUCCAAGAAACAUUCUCUGAUGCCUUCAUAGUGCAGAUCGGGAGUCUCAAUCGAGAAGCCUUCGAGUUGACUACCUCACAGCAGAGUGAGCCUGUCGACGGUGUUAUCGAGAACGAGGAUAUCGUGCCCUCGACCCAGGAUUCAAUGGACAUCUUGCUCCAGCACAACAACCUAGCCUCGCUCUGGGAGUUCAUGCUAGAGCAGUUCAGAGUGACGUUCAAAGUUCCCUCCGUCUCAGGUUCAAUUCUCAAUCCAAACUCCAACCCAGACUCACAGAAUGCGGACAUACCUUCCUCGACUCCUAAAUCACUUUCGCAACUCUCCACACCGCCAUCCUUCCCAACCCGCCUUUCACCCCUACUUACCGCACGGUACAUCUCGACAAAUUACACGACACGUUCAGAUUCCGACCAGUCGCACAUACUGGGCAGCAAAUCCGUCAUCUUCAACCCGUCAUUCUUGAAAUCGUACCUCUACGACGCAUUGGCGCUCUGGCGUGGUGAGCGCGAACCCAAAGGCGUCGAGGCCCACGAUGCCUGGAAAUGUCGCGUCUGCGAAUUCCGCGAUACAUGUUCCUGGGUCCUCGAAAGGGAUGAACUCGCUGUUCGUCAAGCGGAGGAGCGGAGGAAGAACAGGGAGACUAAUGGCGAGAAUCAAGGUGCUGGCAAGAGGAGUCGCGUUUAG